AUGACCAUGACACCUCUAGACUUCGCUGUGUUGACCGGCCUAGACAUAGGAGGUUGGUCCAUCCCCUAUGACGAGGACAUGGGCGAGUGGGAGGCCGCUUGGACAUAUCUGCUGGGGGCUCGCCUGCCUGUUGACAAGGUUUCUGGGAGAGUCCGAUAUACUUGGUUCUCUUCCCAUUUCCGGCGGGCGGAGAUGGUGCCCGAGACUCCUGAGGAGACGGAGCAGUACGCCCGUGGUUUCCUUAUGUUCCUCUUCGGGACUACCCUGUUCGCCGAUAGAGGGAACACAGUCGGGCUAUAUCUGUUGAGCGCUCUGGUUGACCUAUCACAGGUCAGUCGAUAUGACUGGGGUGGCGCCGGCCUGGCUACCCUUUACUUUUAUAUGAGCGCCACUUCCCGCGGGCGGGGAGACUUACUUGGCGGUUACUGGCGAGCCUGUGAGCUAUGGGUCUAUGUAUACUUCCCAGCAUUAGCCCUAGAGUUGGAGGUGGCAGGACCCCCCAUGACCCCAUAUUCACUGGUGUUCGAAGGCCCGCACCGGCCGAGACCCCGAGAGACCCUCAUUUAUCUGCGACAGUAUUUUGACACUGUGCGCCCAUCGGAGAUUACAUGGCAGCCUUGGGCACCCUUGGGCGAUGGUCUUCGAUUUCAGUAUCCCGGAGGAUCGGGCACCUCCCAGUACAGGUUUCUGCUCGAAGGACCUAUUCCGCUAGAGCCUCCACUUCCUGACCAUAGAUAUGUCAAGGAUCCUGAUUCACCACCGCCUCCGGCUGAGUAUGUGGACGAGAUUCUCGGGGUGAUGGCCGCACUUGAGGGCAUGGUUCUUCGGAGAGAGACACACCUAUCUGUUAUGGGUGUGCAGAGCAUAUCCGGCACACACCCUACUCAUAUACUGUACUCGUAUCUGAUUUUCAUAUUUGAACUGAUGUAUUGA